UCGGGCCCGGCAGGAUCGCUGCCAGUCAGCCAGCAUCCGGUGGAGUCAUGGACGAUCGCAGUCGAUUAUCGUGACACGGCGAUCCGCCGGGGUUUAUCGCUUUCCGAUUGCGCUAUCACAAGCUAGUGUGCACCAUCCAGACACUCCUAUUUAACUAACUCCUUCGCCGCCGCCGUUUCUUUGUCCAGGAACAAAGAAAAAUCCCCGUGCGUCUGGCCAUGCCUUUUCUUGCCUCUGUUGUGGCCGUAUUGGCUGGGGCCGGUGCCGUCGCGGGCCAGUAUUUCCCGCCCACGCCCGAGGGAUUGAAGGUCGUGCAUUCGAAGCAGUACGAGGGGGUCAAGAUCUCGUACAAAGAGCCCGGAAUAUGCGAAACCACUCCCGGCGUCAAAUCAUACUCCGGCUACGUCCAUCUUCCCCCUGGGACACUCAACUCCCUCGGCAUCGCCCAGGACUACCCCAUCAAUACAUUCUUUUGGUUCUUUGAGUCUCGCAAUAAUCCCCUCAAUGCACCGCUAUCCAUUUGGAUGAAUGGCGGCCCCGGUGGGUCGUCCAUGAUCGGCCUGUUGCAGGAGAAUGGUCCCUGUAUGGUGAACCCCGACUCGAAUUCAACGGAGCUGAACCCAUACUCGUGGAACAACUACGCCAAUAUGCUGUAUAUCGAUCAGCCGAACCAAGUCGGGUUCAGCUAUGACGUACCCACCAAUGGUACGUAUGAUCAGCUCACGGAGAUCUUGGAUGUCGCAUCUUGGGAGGACGGGGUUGUUCCGGAGCAGAACAACACCUUUUACGUGGGCACAUUCCCAAGCCAGGAGGUCCAGGCAACCACGAACAGCACCAGCAAUUCGGCGCGCGCGCUGUGGCUAUUCGCGCAGACCUGGUUCGCUGAAUUUCCCGAGUACCGGCCCCAUGACGACCGGGUGAGUAUCUGGACGGAGUCGUAUGGCGGACGGUACGGACCAGCGUUUACGGCUUUCUUCCAGGACCAGAAUGAGAGGAUUGAAGAGGGGGCUAUCGAGGGUCAUCCUAUUCAUUUGGAUACGUUAGGGAUUAUCAAUGGGUGUGUGGAUCUGUUGAUCCAGACCCCCUCGUUCCCUAAUAUCGCGUAUAAUAAUACGUAUGGGAUCGAGGGGAUCAACAAGACGGUGUAUGACAAGGCGAUGCAUGCUUGGAGCAGGCCCGGCGGGUGCAGGGAUAUGAUUCUGGAGUCUCGGGAUGUGGAAGCAGUGGGUGAUCCCUUGAUGUAUGGGGAUAAUGAGACGGUGAAUCGCAUUUGCGAGGAUGCAUCCCGAUACUGCCUGAAUGAGAUCAAGGGACCUUUCACGAAUUUCUCGGGCAGGGGGUACUACGAUUUCGCUCAUUUCAACCCCGACUCUUUCCUCCUCCCGUACUACGUGGGAUACUUGAAUCAACCCUGGGUGCAGAGCGCACUGGGCGUCCCGAUCAACUUCACCAUGUCAGCGGAGAAGGUCUACGAGAGUUUCCACACAACAGGCGACUAUCCCCGCUCAGAUACUCGCGGGAUGGUGGGCGAUCUCGGCUACUUGCUUGACUCGGGCAUCAAGGUGGCCUUGGUGUACGGAGACCGGGACUAUGCGUGUCCGUGGAACGGCGGCGAGGAUGUCAGUCUGGCGGUGGAUUAUGUGGAUAAGGACAAGUUCCAGGCUGCCGGGUAUGCGGACGUGCAGACGAACUCGUCGUACGUUGGAGGCAUGGUGCGGCAGUAUGGGAAUUUCUCGUUCACGCGCGUCUUCCAGGCAGGCCACGAAGUGCCGUUUUACCAGCCCCAGACUGCAUAUGAGAUCUUCAAUCGGGUGCAGUUCAACCGGGAUCUGGCGACAGGGAGGAUUAACACGGCCCGCAAUGCGAGCUAUACCAGUGAGGGGCCGUCGUCGACCUGGAAUGUUACCAACCAGGUGCCGGAGAGUCCCGCGCCGACAUGCUAUUUGCUGGCCAUGGAGGAUACGUGCACCGAGGAGCAGCGGGAAAGCGUGGUUAAUGGGAGUGCUGUGGUGAAGGAUUGGAUUGUG